GAUGCGAAUCGUUGUAAUAAUAUUAAAAAUGCCGAUUAUGAUAACAUUUUCCUAGUAAUACAAGCGUUCCAUUUCUUCAUUAGGUUGUGGUUAGUUGUAUUUGUACCAUCAUGAUGGUACGUUGUGUUUUAUUAUUGUCGGCAUUGGUUGUGUUUUCCCAAGCUAUCGUGCCGGGACCGAAGUAUAUCCCUACAAAAGGAGAGAUAUGGCCUAAGCCUCAAUAUGAGAAAAAGGAUAAAGCGAUAUAUUUAGUUGACAAGGAUAAAUUGGAAUUUAAGGUUACAAAAAAGUCGUGUCAAAUUUUAACGGACGCUAUCCAGCGUGCUAAGAAAACCUUACACAAAUUGUCUAAAAUCGCAAAGCGUAACUACAACGGGCAGAAUGUGGUGAGCUCGUCAACUUUGGGCUCGAUCGACGUGGAGUUGACUCAGCCAUGCGAGGCUUACCCAUAUCAUGGAAUGGACGAAAGUUACAAUCUCACGGUAUCGGACACGGCGAGUUUGACUGGCCACUCAAUAUGGGGCGUCUUGCACGGGCUCGAGAGCUUUCUACACCUGCUCUACCAAUCAGAUGAUUAUGAGAGUCUCCUAAUACAAGGUACGAAAAUACACGACUACCCGCGCCACCCCCACCGCGGGCUACUCCUAGACACCUCACGCCACUACCUGCGAGUGAGCAAACUCCUCACUACGCUGGACGCCAUGGCGAUGAAUAAACUUAACGUGUUCCAUUGGCACAUCGUGGACGACCACUCGUUCCCGUAUCAGAGCGAAAAGUUUCCUGAGUUAAGUGAAAAAGGAGCCUAUCAUAGUUCAAUGGUUUACACGAAAGCAGACAUCAAGAAGAUAGUUGAAUAUGCGAGGAACCGGGGGAUCAGAGUAAUACCUGAGAUAGAUGUUCCAGGCCAUGUCCGCUCCUGGGGCGAGGCAUACCCGCAGCUCCUCACGCCCUGCUACACGGGCAAGGAAGUGACCUCUCUGGGGCCUCUCGACCCGACCAACGAGCACACCUACAAGUUUCUGGGGCAACUUCUGGAGGAGGUGAGGGAGUGGUUCCCGGAUGGUUACUUGCAUUUGGGUGGAGAUGAGGUCGAUUCAAAGUGCUGGAUAUCAAACCCAUCACUGUUACGUUACAUGAUGCGGCAUAACAUGUCGUCUUGGACCAAACUUCACAGCUUGUUCAUGGAACGGGCAACGCCGCUCGUCGGCGACAGGAAGGUCAUCGUUUGGGAGGAGGUGUUUGACGAGAAAGUGCCCUUAUCAAAUGACACGGUGGUACAAAUCUGGCUGAAUGCAUGGGCACCUAAAAUUAAUGAGGUACUGGAAGCGGGCAAGAAAGCCCUAUUCUCCUCAGAGUGGUACCUUUCCGUCCUGGGCUAUGGAGGUGACUGGGAGAAUUUCUACAAGUUCGACCCUCGGCUGAAAGUCAGCGAUAGAGCUUUAGUGCACAACAUGAUCGGGGGAGAGGCUUGCAUGUGGGGGGAGUACGUUGACAGCACUAACUUCAUACAGAGGGUAUGGCCACGAGCCUGCGGCAUCGCCGAGCGACUCUGGUCUGAAGCGUCACGUGACGACAUUAAAGCUGAAGAGCAGACAGAAUUGGAUAGCAGGGACAGCACCGCAUACAAGGUUUCAGAGACUAUGGAGCACGUUCGUCGUCGUAUAGAGGAGCAGGCGUGUCGCAUGCUGCGCCGCGGCGUGCCGGCUGAACCGCCGAACGGGCCCGGGUUUUGUGUCGUUUGAUACUGGGGUUGGUAACUGUUAAAGGUUUGCAUAGAUGGCGCCAUCAUAGCUUACCCCUUUUUCUAUGAAAUUCGGCUUAAAGGACUGGCAUCCAGGGCAUAAAAUUCCUUUAAAAUAACUAAAAUACACAAUUCUAGGGAUUGACAGGGCCGACCAGCCGAGGGUGAAUUAUUUCAUUAACUCUUUAUACACAUCGAACCCUUGUGUUGUAAGUUAUUGUGUCAAUAGCGCACAGGACGUUUAUACCGAAGUAAUAAGGCGUACGCUUCAUGCUUUCAUGUUGCACGUUUUGCUUACAAGACAAAUGGCGGUUAAUAGAAAAUAUUUGCAUUUACAAGUUCCGCCACUAAUACAUUUUAUAAAAAAAAUAGUACCACUUAAACCAGUUACAAAACUCCAAAAUAAUGUAUACCUGUCUAAAAUUGGUAUCUCAAUUUGGUAAUGAAGGCAAGGUCUUAAGUAUUUUUAUAAACUUAAUGAUAAAACCAGAAUUUGUCAACAUUAAUUUAUUAAUGACUCGCACAAAAGUAUGCAAUACAUACAAUAGUAAUAAACUUCUAAAACUAAACAAUGCAUGUGAUGCUACGAAAUGAUCCUUAACAAGUGUUUAACUUAACUAUAUUAUGCAAUAAAUUUAUUUCCAAA